UUCACACUCAUGCACACAUACACAGAUACACACAUACACACACACUUCUGGUAACACAGGUUGCUUGCUACAAGUCAUCUUACAUUCAUUUGGCAUUUGUCAUCCUCACCCGUUCAUCAUGCACAGCAAAGAGCAUAUUAGUCACGAUGAAUACCAGAAAACAGCUGAUUGGUUGAUGUCUCAGACAAAGCACCGCCCACAGGUGGCAAUCAUCUGUGGGUCUGGACUGGGCAUGCUCGCUGACACCCUCAAAUGUCAAGAUUCGUUUGCUUACUCUGACAUACCAGGCUUCCCUCAGAGUACAGUGCAGGGUCAUGCAGGCCGAUUGGUUUUUGGGGAGCUGAAGGGGAAGACGUGUGUUUGCAUGCAGGGUCGCUUCCACAUGUAUGAAGGACACUCUCUCCUCCAGACAACAUUCCCAGUUCGAGUCUUCAAACUGAUGGGGGUGGAGACUCUGAUUGUGACAAAUGCUGCUGGUUCAUUGGCUGACAGCCUUCAACCUGGUGACAUCAUGAUCAUUAAAGAUCACAUCAACUUCCCUGGACUAGUCGGCCUGAAUCCGCUAUGUGGACCCAACGAUGACAAGUUUGGGCCUCGCUUCCCAGCCAUGUCAGGGUGCUAUGACAAAGGGCUGCGACACCUAGCAAUGGAGAUUUCCAAACAGCUAGGUAUUGCUGGCCUUGUGCAAGAUGGGGUGUAUGCCAUGGUGGGCGGUCCUACUUUUGAAACCAUCGCUGAGGCCAGACUGUUGCAUCGACUUGGAGUGGAUGCAGUUGGUAUGAGUACAGCUCCUGAGGUCGUUGUGGCAACUCACUGUGGCCUGAGAGUCUUUGGCCUGUCCCUGAUCACUAAUAAGGUUGUGAAGAGUUACGAAGACCCUGAAAGGGUCAACCAUGAGGGUGUCCUCGAGGUCGGGCGAUUGCGUUCUCAAACUGUGCAGCAGCUGGUGACUGAACUGAUCAGCAGGAUGGAGAUCAAUAAUAAUGACAACACCAAUAAUGCUGUCUGAACACACACACAUACACUGUACAUAUCUUAUUAAUGUAUUUAGAGAGUUUUUACAGCUUUCCAUUUGCAUAUUUUGUAAAUUUUUUAAAUCUUUGUUGUAAUGAAAACUUUAUUUAUAUCUCUAUGGUGCCUAAUUAUUGUCCAUCAGGGUAAAUAGGAAUGUAAGUAUUCAUUUUGGAUAUUUUACAUUAAAUCUAAGUGUUUAUAUAACAGUAAAAGCUGUGUUUCAUGGUGCUUUAUUAUGAAAAAAACAUACGAGCGUUGUACAUUGUUCCUGUUGAAGUAUUGUAUUUUGUUAAGGAUUUCUCUGAUUUCCUGAU